ACGUACUUUUCCAUCACUGCUGUUCUGUCUGUUUUACAUUUUUGUUUAUUUACUUUCUGUUCUUGUAAGUUUCUUCAUAAUAGUUUAAUUAGGCAAUGGCUUAGAAGCAUUGGCAAGGUUCACAAUUCACGAGGAAGUAUAGAACUCUAAUGAAUACAAUGAGUGGUAAUUCAUCUGACGGAGAAACUAAUUCCGACCAUCAAUGGGACAUAAAACCACUGGGACUGUCACACGGCAAACGAAAAAGCGCCUUCCUACCGUAUAAACCGAACAACAUAGUUCUGACCAAUCUUCAACGCGGCAAUACAGAAGCAAGCAUUUCCGAAGAAAUUCAUCUCAGCUUUCAUGAACGGGCUGGACAAGGUGAAAUCAGCAAAGAACAGGUACUCCAGGAAGCGGGCAUCGACGUUUUAGACAGUUACGGUUACACUCCAUUGCAUUGGGCAUGUCAUUAUGGUCAAUUGUGCUCGGUUCAAGUUUUAAUAGAUUGUGGGGCCAAUGUUAAUAAACAAGCACCGGAUAUGGUGACACCGUUGUUGUUGUCUGCAGCUGGUGGUCAUCAUGAAAUUGUACGAUUAUUAUUGAAAAGCGGGGCAGACGUUGAUCACAUGGAUAUUGAAGGGAAUACUGCGUUAAUGUUUGCUGCAGCUGGUAAUCAUCCACAUACCUGCAACGAACUAUUAUCGUUUGGAGGAUCGAAUUUUACGACAGAAAAUGAGCAUGGUGACACGGCGUAUAGUUUAGCGGUGUUUAACAAUUCCUCGUUAGCCAUUAAGUUAUUUGAUCGAUAUUUAUCGGAGUAAAUUUUGAUGAAAAUUUAG